GAGGUGCUGUUUGUGCAAUCAGAGCGGAGGGGAUGUGAUGUAUGUGUCUGCCCUCAGUGCUCAGCAUUGUGCGGAGCUGGUGGGGUGAGUGCGGCCAGUGCAGUGUGUGGACGGUGUGUACUGCGCUCCGGCCAUGGCAGACUCUCCCCGGGAACUGACCCAGAACCCCCUCUGAAGAAGAAGAUCUGGGUGCCGUAUAACAAUGGCCACCCUGUCCAGCACAGCGCCCAGAGGAGAGUAUGCAUGACCAAUUGCCCUACGGUCAUUGUGAUGGUCGGUCUCCCUGCACGAGGCAAGACUUAUAUCUCUAAGAAACUCACCCGCUACUUGAACUGGAUUGGGGUGCCAACCAAAGUGUUCAAUGUUGGGCAGUACCGCAGGGAUCUUGUGAAGAGUUUCAGUUCUUUUGAAUUUUUCCUUCCAAACAAUGAAGAGGACAGAAGGUCCUACAGGCAGUGUGCCUUAUUGGCUUUAGAUGAUGUCAGGAAGUAUCUUGUAGAGGAAGGAGGGCAUGUGGCUGUUUUUGAUGCAACAAACACAACACGAGAGAGGCGGGAGACCAUUCUUAAAUUUGCUGAUCAGCAUGGAUUCAAAACAUUCUUUGUGGAGUCGGUAUGUGUUGACCCUGAAGUUAUUGCGGAAAACAUUGUGCAAGUGAAGUUGGGCAGCCCGGACUAUUUAAACUGCACCAUUGAGGAAGCCACUGAGGAUUUCAUGAAGAGGAUAGAUUGUUACAAAAACUCCUAUGAGAUGCUUGAUGAAAACUUUGACAAGGAGUUGUCCUAUAUUAAAAUCAUGGAUGUUGGCCGCAGAUAUCUAGUUAACCAUGUUAUGGAUCAUAUUCAAAGCAGGAUUGUAUACUACCUUAUGAAUAUCCAUGUGACUCCACGCUCCAUAUAUCUGUGCCGGCAUGGGGAAAGUGAACUUAAUCUCAAGGGGAGGAUUGGUGGAGACUCUGGGCUCGCUAUCCGAGGCAAAGAGUUUGCCAAAUGCUUGGCUAAAUACAUCCAUGAACAAAAUAUCCAUGACCUCAAAGUGUGGACAAGCCAGAUGAAGAGAACAAUUCAGACAGCAGAGGCUCUGGGUGUACCAUAUGAACAGUGGAAAACGCUGAAUGAGAUUGAUGCUGGUGUAUGUGAGGAGAUGCGUUAUGAAGAAAUUCAAGAGUCCCAUCCUCUGGAGUUUGCCCUGCGGGAUCAAGAUAAAUACAGAUACCGCUAUCCAAAAGGAGAGUCAUAUGAGGACUUGGUACAACGUCUUGAACCUGUCAUCAUGGAACUGGAGCGCCAGGAGAAUGUACUAGUUAUUUGCCAUCAAGCUGUCAUGCGCUGCCUGCUGGCCUACUUCUUGGAUAAAAGUGCAGAUGAGCUGCCAUACCUCAAGUGCCCCUUGCACACAGUCUUGAAAACUCACUCCUAUAGCAUAUGGUAA